AUGGGUUCGUUGACUAGAUCAGCUGCGUCGGUCAAAACGGUGGUUGGCCGAUCGUCAAAAGCAAUUGCACCGCUCUCUAUCACAUCGAGCCUUGGUUCCCCGGAUGCGGCAAUUGACCACAAGACCAUAGACUCGCUUCAAUUGGCGACCGAGAAGGCCUCUCGCACUGGACUUUUUGUUAGCGGUCUCGCCGUUAAGGGAGUCAAUGUUACCUCACGUCGUCAUGCUUCGACUUAUGAUGUUCCAUAUCCAAAUUUUGAUGAGUGUCGUCGUAAGUCAACUCUUGACGCGAAAGUAGCUUCCAGGGAUACGGAACCCGAGAGAGUGGCUUUCACUCGUGCUGUUAAAGGCGUUGCAUUUGGAUCAUUUGGUCUAUGGGGUGCAAAAGAAGGAGUUCAGCUACUUCUUUAUUCUAAAAGUAUGUCAAUGGCGACUCGUGCUUUGGCUGCGAUCGAAAUUAGCAUGAAUGACAUUCCCGAAGGGACAACAAAAACCUACGAAUGGCGCACGCGUCCAGUUUUUGUUCGGCACAGAACCAAGGCUGAAAUUGAUCGUGAGAAGGCUGUUGUUGUUUCUGAAUUGAGGGGAUCC